AUGAAAUAGGUGUGUUAUAUUGUCAGCUGACUUUACUCUACUAGUACUUGGAUCCAUCAUCUAUCAUCGAUUUUAUUAUUAUUAUUACAUUGUCAUUUUUAUUCUUUAAUAUAAUAUAUUUUCUAUAAAACUUAUUUUAAUAACAAUGACACUUCAUUCAGCUGGUAAGGGUAAACUUUUAGCAGUGAUUGGAGAUGAGGAUACUUGUGUAGGAUUCUUACUGGGUGGUGUUGGUGAAAUUAAUAAACAUCGUCAACCUAAUUUUAUGGUUGUCGAUAAAAAUACACCAGAAAGCGAAAUAGAGGAUACGUUUAAGCGUUUUAUUAAAAGAGAUGACAUUGACAUUAUUCUCAUUAAUCAAAAUGUAGCUGAAAUGAUUAGACAUGUUAUCGACAGUCAUACUCAGCCUAUACCUUCUGUAUUAGAAAUUCCUAGUAAAGAUCAUCCUUACGAUGCUAGUAAAGAUUCUAUCCUAAGACGUGCUAAGGGAAUGUUCAACCCAGAAGAUAUACAUUAAGAACUAUAUAUAUCAUGUUGAAAUAAUAAAAAAAAAAGAUAUAACUCAAGUAAUUAUUGAAAU